AGAUUGUGCAGUAAGCAGACUUACACCUCUUAUACAAGCCUACACGGCUGCAGCAGAAAUCAAGCCUAACGUAGACGUUCAUAUAAGAGUAUAGGAGGAUGCCUAACAAAUCUAAAGACGGACCUUAUAGCACAAACUUGCCACCGCUGAAUGAAGACGAGUUGGAGAUGUGUCGGAAAGCAUUCAACAUGUUUGAUAAGGAGUCCAGCGGAACCAUUGAUACGAAGGAUCUACGGACCGCGCUGUCCGCCUUGGGUCAAAACCCGUCGGAGGAGGAGAUGUUCGUCAUGAUAAGCCAGGUCGAUGAGGAGGGCAGCCGCUGCAUCGAGUUCACCGAGUUCGUGCGGGUCAUCCAGUUCAACAAGGCCCUCUCUGCGCGGGACGCGGACGAACUGGACACGCUGGACGCAUUUGCGGCUCUGGGCGGCAAUAUCGAUCGCACGGGGAAGAUCUCCAUAGAUAAGCUCAAAUCCAUUUGCGAGGAGUUUGAACUAACGAUCAACCUGGACCGAGUUGCGAAAGACGCGGAGCAUGAAAUCAACGGCACGCUCACGUACGAGGAGUUUAAAGCUGUGUUGUCUUGAGGUCUUUUUGUGCUAGCCGCGGUGCUGGCGCUGGUGAUGCGGUUGCGUUUAAAGGCAAGGCCAAGGCGGCUUUGUUUGUUUUCCCAGUGCUGCGCUAUUGAUAUGUGCAGUCUACUCAGAGGAUAUCGGUAUCGGUUGUUGAGGUUGGUUCUCCGAGGUGAACCUUAAGGUGGUGAAACCCUGGUGUUAUAUGGUCCUGUGUGUAUUGUGUGUGUGUGUGUGUGUGUGUGUGUUACAUGGUUGGGGGGUGCGUGACGCCAUACCUGUAAAACUACCCAUACGAGCCGAAGGCCCAAGGGUGUUUUGCAUCCGGGCAUUUCGAUGCUCGCCUGGGGCGACGGGUCGUAGCAUCGAGGCCCUCUUUCAUUCACUGCAUGGCUAGGUGGCCUGGGGGCGGAAGAUGUGAGGGGGGGGAGGCUCUGAAAAGGGGCUGCAUAUCGGCUACCGUACUCACGGUGGCGCGCAAUUGACAGCGGCUGUUGAUCUGCCAGUUUGCGCGCUCGUGCCAUUGUAUGGCUCUGCCGGUGUUGACGUGCUAGGUGUAGGAGUGGGCCCAUAUCUGGGGGUGACACGCUUAGUAGGAGUUGGCGCCCUGGCCCCGCUCGAUGCGGGUACAGCUCCUGACCAUGGCAUGGUUAAGGUUAGGUUUGGUGCUGCUUUCAGUGACUGUCUCUUAGCGACUCAGGCAUGCAGGUGACACAAUGUGCUGCGGUAGCUCUGUGCGGAGUUAGCUGGGAGUGGGGAGUUGGCAUCGAAGCCACACAAAAUUAAGUGAGUCGUGCGUGAUAGCACAAUGAAUGUUCGCAGGGUUGAGGCCCCUGACCUUUAAGGGGAUGAAUAACGGUGGACAUGGUUUGGUGUCAAACGGGACGGUGUCGCGCCUGGCUCGGGCUGCUUCAUUGCCGGCAUGCGGAACCCAAUUCCAUGCAUGGGGCCUGUGCGUCGUGUCAGGUGUCUUCACUGUCGUUUCAUGCACGGAACGGAUACAUGCGCCAUUUUUGCAGAGCUGGUGUGCG